AAAUUCUGCACCCAAAGAGAAAAAUGGAAUUUGAAAAAAACACCAAGAAUGCCUACAUCACUGCACCAACUAGCCCCAAUCACUGCAGCAGAAGCAACAGCAUGGAGUUUUACUACAGCGCCCCCGCUAGCCCGCUUCGAAAAACGAGCAAUGACAGCGAUUUCGAGUUCGGUACCAGCAAGAAGUUCACCGACGGCUGUGAGUCGCAUACGGGUGACGUUAGCGAGAAUCAAGAACCUGCAAUGGCUUUUGCCGACGAACUUUUCGUCGACGGCUUAGUCAUGCCCUUAAAACUCCCACCAAGGCUUUUAUGCGAAGGCACCGAUUUUUCAUCCAACAGUUUUUGCCAGAAAUCGCCUUUUUUGUCGCCAAGAACCGUGUGCAGAAUCCCGUUUUCGCGCAAGAGCUCGUGGAAUGACGAUUUCGACCCCUUUAUGGUGGCUUUGGAGAAGGUGAGGGAAGAGAAGCGGGGGCGAAAUAGUCAUUACAGGCGCUCGAGAUCACACUCUCCAUUUCGAGCCAUGCCAAAAGAGUCUAAUGACGAAAAUAUUGUUUCCAAAGGAGGAAACAAUAGCCCAUCGUUGAGCUUAAGUGGGCCCCUCGAUUUUAAGGGCUCAGCUUACGCUAGAUGGGUUCGAGACCAGACGAGAGAAGGGCUAAGCCCAAAGAGGCCGAAACGGUUCUUUUUCAGACAAAGGGUAAGACCUCUAAAAACCGAGCACGUGGGGCCGGCUUCGCCCAAACGGAGUGGGGCCCGUCAUACUGAGGAGAGUAAGGUGCAGAAACUGAAAGGGUUUCUGCUGAGGUAUGCUUCGUUCGGAAGAGACAAGCAAACGAAGAACGCAACCUCGGAAAUACAAAAACCGAGUUACUUUAAGAGGUUGAGCUUUAAAUUCAAGGGAAAUAGUAACGAUAAGCCUUGUGAUACAAAUAUGGCAAUGGUGGCAUAUAACAAGCCAUCUCUUGCUCUUUGCUUAGGUUAUGGAGUUGACAGCCCUAAUAUGGUGAAAUGUACUUAAAAAUAUUUAUAUUUGCAUAAAAAU